AUGAAGCCUUUCGCGCGACUGGGACAGGUCUGCGCGCGGCAUCAUCAACAUGCAUCCGUAUUCGUGCCGAAGGCUGCUGUGCGGCCAUUAACGAAAUUCAAAUAUGACAGUGGGUUAUAUCGGUCUCAACAGCAUGUAACGACGGUAUUCCGUCGCUAUGCUACGACAGAUCCUACAAAUAACCCUACCCCACUAGCAAAGGAUGUCAAGAGUGCGACAAAGACUCCUCAAGUCCUGCAGGCUGAGGUUGACAAAAAGACACAGACGAAUAAACAGGCGACGAAAGUAGCCGACCCACUGUUGGCUUCGAUGGAAGCCUCAAAGUCCGCUCAAAGAAAAGCCGAUUGGGCCAUUCUGAAGGACAUGGUUCAUUAUAUAUGGCCAAAGGAUAAUCUAGGGACCCGUGUGAGGGUUGGCCUUGCAUUAAGUCUACUCAUAGGAGCAAAGCUCCUCAAUGUUCAAGUUCCAUUCUACUUCAAAUCAAUCGUCGACUCACUCAACAUCGAUUUUACUCACGUUGGAGGAACUGCUGCAGCAGUAGCAGGGUCUUUAAUUUUAGCAUAUGGAUUGGCGAGGGUCGGAGCUACUGCAUUCCAGGAAAUCCGAAAUGCUGUCUUCGCAACGGUUGCACAAACGGCUAUUCGUCGGGUUGCUCGUGAUGUCUUUUACCAUCUUUUGCGGCUAGAUCUUAACUUCCACCUUACCCGGCAAACUGGAGGACUUACGAGAGCCAUUGAUCGCGGAACAAAGGGUAUCAGUUUUGUAUUGACAAGCAUGGUAUUCCAUAUUCUGCCAAUCUUGCUGGAAAUAUCGAUGGUCUGCGGUAUAUUGACGUACAACUAUGGUUCCCAAUUCGCCGUUGUUACAGCGGUGACUAUGUCUGCGUAUACAGCAUUUACAAUUGUUACAACGUCAUGGCGAACCAAAUUCCGAAAACAAGCCAAUGCCGCCGACAAUGCCGCUGCUACCGUUGCUGUUGAUUCUCUAAUUAACUUUGAAGCCGUUAAGUACUUUAAUAACGAAAACUUUGAAGUGAAAAGAUAUGAUAAAGCUUUACAUGGAUACGAGUCUGCGUCGAUAAAAGUUGCAACUUCGCUAGCAUUUUUGAACUGUGGCCAGAACAUCAUUUUCUCAUCAGCACUGACGGCAAUGAUGUACCUUGCUGCGCAAGGUGUGGUAGAUGGUACUAUGACUGUUGGCGACCUCGUUAUGAUCAAUCAAUUGGUAUUCCAGCUUUCAGUGCCUUUGAACUUUUUGGGAAGCGUCUAUAGAGAGCUACGGCAAUCUUUGUUGGACAUGGAGACCUUAUUCAAUUUGCAAAAGGUGAAUGUAACUGUCAAGGACUCCCCGAAUGCCAAACCGCUUGUGCUCAAAGGCGGCGAGAUAAAGUUCGAGAAUGUUUCUUUUGGAUAUCACCCUGAGCGGCCGAUUCUUAAGGAUGUGUCUUUUACUAUUCCAGCUGGCCAUAAGGUCGCCUUUGUCGGACCCAGUGGGUGCGGGAAAUCCACAAUUUUGCGCCUCUUAUUCCGGUAUUAUGAUGUCGACUCCGGUCGCAUUUUAAUCGACGGGCAAGAUAUCCGGGACCUAACUGUGGGGUCUCUCCGCAAAGCCAUUGGUGUCGUUCCCCAAGAUACUCCACUUUUCAACAACACUAUAGAACACAACAUAAGAUACGGACGGACGGACGCAACAGACGAAGAGGUCAGAGCAGUAGCCAAGCGCGCUCGCAUCGACGAGGCUAUCGCGAAGUUUCCCGAUGGGUAUCAAACGAAAGUAGGCGAACGAGGCCUAAUGAUAUCAGGUGGAGAAAAGCAAAGGCUAGCAGUUUCGAGAUUACUCCUCAAAGACCCACCGAUGCUAUUCUUUGACGAAGCUACAUCAGCCCUGGAUACCGAAACCGAAACUUCAUUAUUGCAAAAUAUAAAUGGAAUCCUCAAGGAAAAGAAGCGGACAAGCGUAUUUGUCGCUCAUAGAUUGCGCACAAUCUUUGACAGUGAUCAGAUAAUUGUGUUGAAGGACGGCGUGGUCGCUGAACAGGGAACCCAUCAGGAACUUGUUGAUGGUGGAACGGUUUAUGCAUCCAUGUGGGCAGCCCAAGAAGUUUUGUCGAUAGGAGCGGAUACAGAUAAGACGUCGACGACUUUGAAUUCGUGA